AGAUGGUGUGUCUAAGAAACUUCAAAAGGUGUAGACCUCCUGAUUGAAGCACAGCAGAUUUAUUUGACUCAUUUUUUCUUUAAUAUUUCUGUACUCAAACAAGGGAAAGUCAUGAUUACACUAACAGAGCUAAAAUGUUUAGCAGACGCCCAGUCAUCUUAUCACAUCUUAAAACCCUGGUGGGACGUCUUCUGGUAUUACAUCACUCUUAUCAUGCUGUUGGUGGCUGUGCUGGCUGGAGCUCUCCAGCUUACCCAGAGCAGGGUUCUGUGCUGUCUUCCAUGCAAAGUGGAGUUCGACAAUCACUGUGCCGUGCCUUGGGACAUCCUGAAAUCCAGCAUGAACACCUCCUCUAAUUCUGGGAUGCCACUUCCGUUGCCCCUCCGAAUCCAGAAUGACCUCCACAGACAGCAGUACUCCUACAUCGAUGCUGUCUGUUACGAGAAACAGCUCCAUUGGUUUGCAAAGUUUUUCCCCUACCUGGUGCUCUUGCACACUCUUAUCUUUGCAGCCUGCAGCAACUUUUGGCUUCACUACCCCAGUACCAGCUCCAGGCUGGAGCAUUUUGUGGCCAUCCUUCACAAGUGCUUUGAUUCUCCGUGGACCACCCGUGCCCUGUCAGAAACGGUAGCGGAGCAGUCAGUGAGGCCCUUGAAACUCUCCAAGUCCAAGAUUCUGCUUUCAACCUCAGGGUGUUCAGCUGAUGUUGAUUCCAGUAAGCAGUCAUUGCCCUACCCACAGCCAGGCUUGGAGUCAGCUAGUAUAGAAAGCCCAACUUCUAGUGUCCUGGACAAGAAGGAGGGUGAACAAGCCAAAGCCAUCUUUGAAAAAGUGAAAAGAUUCCGUAUGCAUGUGGAGCAGAAGGACAUCAUUUAUCGGGUAUAUCUGAAGCAGAUAAUAGUCAAAGUCAUUUUGUUUAUCCUCAUCAUAACUUAUGUUCCAUAUUUUUUAACCUACAUCACUCUUGAAAUCGACUGCUCAAUUGAUGUGCAGGCUUUUACAGGAUAUAAGCGCUACCAGUGUGUCUACUCCUUGGCAGAAAUAUUUAAAGUCCUGGCUUCAUUUUAUGUCAUUUUGGUAAUACUUUAUGGACUCACCUCCUCCUACAGCUUGUGGUGGAUGCUGAGGAGUUCCCUGAAGCAGUAUUCCUUUGAGGCACUAAGAGAAAAAAGCAACUACAGUGAUAUCCCAGAUGUCAGGAAUGACUUUGCCUUCAUCCUUCAUCUGGCUGAUCAGUAUGAUCCUCUUUAUUCCAAACGCUUCUCCAUAUUCUUGUCAGAGGUCAGUGAGAACAAACUGAAACAGAUCAACCUCAAUAAUGAAUGGACGGUUGAGAAACUGAAAAGUAAGCUUGUGAAAAACUCCCAGGACAAGAUAGAAUUGCAUCUUUUCAUGCUCAGUGGUCUUCCAGACAAUGUCUUUGAGUUAACUGAAAUGGAAGUGCUAAGCCUGGAGCUCAUUCCCGAGGUCAAGCUGCCUUCCGCAGUCUCGCAGCUGGUCAACCUCAAGGAGCUUCAUGUGUACCAUUCAUCCCUGGUGGUCGACCAUCCUGCACUGGCCUUUCUAGAGGAGAAUUUAAAAAUCCUCCGCCUGAAAUUUACUGAAAUGGGAAAAAUCCCACGCUGGGUUUUUCACCUGAAGAAUCUCAAGGAACUUUAUCUGUCAGGCUCUGUCCUCCCUGAGCAGUUGAGUGCUGUGCAAUUUGAGGGCUUUCAGGACUUAAAGAACCUGAGGGCCCUCUACUUGAAGAGCAGCCUAUCUCGCAUCCCCCAAGUCAUUACAGACCUCCUGCCUUUGCUGCAGAAGCUGUCUCUGGAUAACGAAGGAAGUAAACUGGUUGUGUUGAACAACUUAAAAAAGAUGGUCAAUCUGAAAAGCCUAGAACUGAUCAGCUGUGACCUGGAACGCAUUCCACACUCCAUUUUCAGCCUGAACAAUUUGCAUGAGUUAGACCUAAAGGAAAACAACCUUAAAACUGUGGAAGAAAUCAUUAGCUUUCAGCAUCUCCAGAAUCUUUCCUGCUUAAAGUUAUGGCACAAUAAUAUUGCUUAUAUUCCUGCCCAGAUUGGGGCAUUGUCUAACCUAGAGCAGCUCUCCCUGGAUCAUAACAAUAUUGAGAAUCUGCCCUUGCAGCUUUUUCUAUGCACCAAACUCCAUUACUUGGAUCUAAGCUAUAACCAUCUGACCUUCAUUCCAGAAGAAAUCCAGUAUCUGAGUAAUUUGCAGUACUUUGCUGUGACCAACAACAAUAUCGAGACACUACCAGAUGGGCUGUUUCAGUGCAAGAAACUGCAGUGUCUGCUUUUGGGGAGAAAUAGCCUGAUGGAUUUGUCCCCUCAUGUAGGUGAGCUGUCAAACCUCACACAUCUGGAGCUCAUUGGUAAUUGCCUGGAAACACUGCCUCCAGAGCUGGAAGGGUGUCAGGCCCUGAAGCGGAGCUGUCUGGUCGUCGAGGACGGCUUGCUCAGCACCCUUCCUCUGCCUGUGGCAGAGCGUCUGCAGGCGUGCUUAGAUAGAUGUUGACCAACCAGACCAGAGAGCGGGCCACAACGCAUUUCUGAAAGUCCGCCCGGGACUUUACAUGAAAACAGAAUGUCCUAAGCUGUAAAGAGAAGAGUGGGGGCAGUUACUACACGCUGUAGCCGUCUCUCCCUAACGCAAUGCAGUGUCUAGGCCUAAGUCAAACAGAUAAGAAGAGUCAACAUCCCCCUGGAAUUCUGGGAAUAGCUGGCAUUUACCUUACUGAGGUGUGCUGUAAGAAGCACAUAUUGAAGGUAGAGUGAGAGACAUGAACUUAACAGAUCUUACCUUGCAGCUUUUACCUGAGGAUCAGAGAAGUUUCUUCUUCUGUCCCCAGGCCCUAUCACUUAUUUGCACAAUUGUUUUAACUGACUUCCUUUUUGGUAUUUAUCACCAAGUCAUAAAAACUCAUUAGUAUAAAUUCCCUUGAUGUAUACUCACCACUGUCUAUGAUUUGUUUUCUAACAUUUUUUAGGUAGGGAAUAUUGUGCUUGGCAGCAUUCCUUUUUCGCUUAAUUUUUACUUCCUUUCCCAGCUUGCUUAAGCCUUCCUUAAUCUGGUUUUUCUGAACAACAGUGAAGCUCCCUGAGAAAAUGCCUGCCUUUGGCCUUUGUGUAGAACAGGAGCCAGGAUACUGAAGACAUAUCAUCCUUUGGGCAUCCUAAAAAUUGAUCUAUUCCUGAAAUUUUCCUCUUCAUCUAGCAUCAAAGCCUUUUUUAUUUGUUAAGACUUUUUAUAUGAAAUA